AUGCUCAAGAAGAUCCUUCUGAAAACGCUGAACAAGUUUCUUGGGAACUAUGUGGAGAACAUAGACAAGCACCAACUCGAGCUUGGGAUAUUCAAGGGAUAUGUAUCUGUGUCCAACCUAAAGAUCAAGUCCUCUGUGAUCUCGAGGCUAUUUGAGGGGAGGGUUGUUUCGAACUGCAUCGGGACGCUAAGAGUUCUUGUGCCAUGGAAGAGCUUUUCCCGCAAGCCCAUUGAGAUAUAUGUAAAGGAUAUUGAUAUCAAGCUCGGAAAGGCUGGGUUCUGCUGGUGUUUUCUUGAUGAGAGUCCGUGUGCAGAAUGCACCGAGUAUGAGAAGUACGAGUUCAUGAGCAAGCUCGACAAGCUCAGUGUUCUUUCUGAUGCACGGGAGGAGAGUCCUGCGCUUCUUGAGGACUUGAUUACGAAGGAUGGAUUCAGGAUUUUGAUUGAGAAUGUGAAUUUAGAGUAUGUGAGCGGAGAAUCGAUUGGUCUUAAGGUGAAGAAGCUGGAGUUUAAUAAGAGAGAUAAGGAAGAGGUGAAGAAUGUGAAGAUGAUGAAUGUUACUGGAAUAGAGAUAAUGGGGGGAUCGAAGGUGCUAGGGCCCUUUAAUGUUUGCAGUAAGAUUUGGAUGUCUUCUAAAGAUAUGAAGCCGAAGGUUGAGGUGGAUCUGGAUGGGUUUCGUAUAGAGAUGAGGCAGCAGAUGGUUGAAAGAAUCCUGGGAAGUGGUACGGAGUAUGUUGAAGAUAGAAUACGGUGGACACUCUUCAGAAAUUAUUUGGAGUACAGGCAAGUAUUGAGAGCAGCCAGGGAGAUGAGCCUAUGGGAAGACCAGAAGGAUCCAGCAAACUCCGAAAGAAGCGGGGUGAUAGAGAUGUGGAGAAAGCUCAUCAAGCUACAGAAGAAGGUUAUUGAAUCGAAAGGCGUUGUAUUAGAGGAGGUGAGUGAGAUAAUGGCAAGGGUGAAUGAGUAUAGAGAAAUCCUGAAGGUUUCUAGUCUAUCUUCUGACGAGAUGGAAAGAAAAAAGAGAUGCGAGAAGGAGAUAAGUCUUGAGCGGCUUCUGAAGAUAAAAAGAAGCUACUGCCGUGAUUCCGAAAGGAAGUCGUGGAGAAACCUCUUGUCAUUCAUAAGAGAAGAGAGUAGUAGGAAGGGCGAUCUGAUGGCUAUUCCUAUUUCUUUUAACGUAGAUGGAGUGGUGGUAGUUACCGAUGAGAAGCAUCAAGGAUUCAAGGUGGUUAUUCCCAGAGGAAGAGUGAGUACAAAGAACCUGCUUUCGCCGCACAAAAUAGACUUCAAGGGAAAUGGGUGGAAGCUGUACUUUACUGAUACCAGACGUAACGAGUACGAACCCCACAGCGAGCUGAUUUCCUUUCUAUUGGAUGUAAGGGGGGCUCUUACCUAUGACGGGCCCAAUGUAUAUGUCAAGGGGAUAUCUAGGGAGUGGAGGGUUUUGAACUACAGGAGGGAGCUUCCCCAUUGCUUUGAGGGUUUCAUGAAUGUUAUAAGGAGGUCAUGGGUGCCCUCCUAUCAAUCCUCUGGAUCCAGAGGUAAGAUAAGGGUUGAUCUUAAGGUAGACAUGAUCGGAAUGGAAUCUGAUCUGGAAAGAUUUGCCAAGAUUGGAGCAUCUCAUAGGUACGGAGUUGAAUGUGGAGGAAUGGUGUUCUCUUAUGUGAAUGAUAGAAUAAGCGUGAAGAAGGCGGCAUCGUUGACUGUGACGUCCUCUUCUGUUUACUGGAUUAAUCCUGUUUCUGGCGAAAAAGAGGCGCUUUCGAACAGAAUUGAGACAGCUGUUCUACUUGUUGACAAUGUGUUCUAUGUGAAAACAUCGAUGGUGGAUCUCUAUGCGCAUGGAGUGUAUCCCAACGGCUUUGAAGGGAACGGCGCAGUGUUUCCUGUUGGGUUUGUUGUUCCAAACUUCGAGAUAUGCUCUGAUGCUAUAAGGAUUAAUGGGCCGAAAGGAAGAGCCGAGCUCCGAAGGAUCAGGGUGUCUGGAAAUGGAGGGACGAUAUUUGAUUUAGAGGUUUUUAGGGGGAAGAUACUGGAUGUGGCAGGGAGGGUUGUAUGUCGUAUUCCCAGGAUGAUGAUGGAGGCCAGAAUUGGAGGUGCCUUACUUCUAGAUGUCAAAUAUCUAAAGGUGUGCGGAGCUGCUAGGAAGAUCGCCAAGCUUGUGUGUGGAAUGCCAAGGAUGUCUGGAAAUGAGAUGUCUACGCAGGUGAUUUUCAAGGCUGAGAGAGUAGAAGGGAUGAUAAGGUGCAAGGGAAAGACUUUGAAUAUCAGUGUGAACGAGUAUUUCCAGGGCAUAGCCAGGAAUGCAAGGAUGGCAUUAGGCAAAAGCAUGGUUGAUAUAGAGGAUCUUUGGGUAAGUGAUGAGUAUGCAUGUAAACAUGCAAUGAUAGUGAUUGACAAGGAAGAUUUCAAGAGUUUAAGGGCAUUUGAAAGGAUACUCGGAAGAGUAGGAAAUGGUGUGGAGGGCUUCAAGGCUACUGCGGGGACUCUGCUAGUUAGGUCAAGAAGUGGAGUGGCAGUGGAAAUAAAAAACUUCCAUAUUUCCAAGGAUCAGAGAUCCAUAACAGUAUAUCCUUUCGAGCUCUCUCUCUCUGAUGCGAAUGGUCCUUUAAAUUUGCCAGAGGACAAGAAAAAAGAAGUGAAGAUAUGCAUCAGCAGGCUUGAAAAGUCUGGGGUUGAAACCACCAUUGAGGGAAGCAUUAGAGGAGAGAUUGACGAAAGAACUCUUAUCAAGAUAAGAGAUGAGCUGGAGGGCAUACCAAGGCCAUCGGGUAUGUCUGAGGAAAGAAGCGAUGUUCUACUUGAUAUAUCUCUCGAAGUGAUGUUUGCGGAAGGUUACCUAAAGGUAGAGUGCCCACUAGUUCUUUCCGGAAAGAUGGGCUGGUGGGAGAUAUCUCUGAAGGAGCUUUCAGCUACAUCUGAUGAUGGGCAGUAUGUAAGGCUGCUUGAUAUUAAUGCCAGUAGCCAAGGAGGGACCUUGGGACUCUCUAUGAGAAGGAUGGAAAUAUGUCUUGAGCCCUUUCGGCUUGCCUCGAUGCUUUAUCCCCUUUUGAACGGUGGAGGGGAAGCAAGUUUUGCGGAGAAUGUAGAGAUACACAUAAGUGAGAUAUCGAUAAGCAACAAAGAGAUAGAUGAAAUAAGAGUAAGAGAUGUAAAAUACGGGGAGGACCUAACCUUGUGGCUUUCUAUCUCGAACAAACCCGAAAGUAAGGUAACGUAUAAAAAAGUGAAUAACAACAGUGGAACUGAAAGUUUUCUUCUGUCUAUGAUGGGAGGAUGCUAUGAGAUGGAUUCUUUGAUUGCUACUAUUUCCUUCUACGCCUCCGAAUACAUGAAUAUAUGCGAUAAGUUUGGGAUUCAGAUGUCAAAAGAGCGGCUCCACAUAUUGAUUAUGGAUCUUAAGGUGAUGAUAUGCGAUUUCAAGUCUCUUCUGAGAGUUAAUAUCCCCAUUGGGCAUUUUGACAUUCAAGAGACGAAUUCACUCAAAGGAAGGAUUCUCUGUUCGUCUGACAUUUAUGAUCCGAAUACCAUGGGUUUUGUUCCUGUUGUUGAGGAAAACGUCUUUGUAGUAAAGAAGUGUGGCUCUCUUCUGGACGUUAGGACGCUUUCAAAACUGAGGGUACUAUAUUUGGAUGGAGUCACGGAUGCGAUCACCGGGAUUCUUAAUAGAAGAAAGGAUAGACCAAUGCCCAGGAGAGAGACACUUUCCUGUAAAAUCGACAUAAGAAACACUACCUGCACACCAUUAUGGAUAAACACCAGAAAUCAGACUAAAAGAGUUAGGAAUGAGGGUGCAGCUAGUCUUGCCAUAGACUAUGAUGAGAAUAGUGUUUGUGUUGGAGAAGAUGGGAUGGGCACAUCGAUUUGCAUUAUGGAGGCAGGGAUGCUCUCAUUUGAAUCUGGAGGGAGGACCUUUGUCAUUGAUGUGCUAUGUGGCAGAAACUUGAGGACUGUAACCAUUUCACACGCCCUAUCGUUUCUCAAUCUGUGCAGGAUAGAGCUGGCUGGAAGGAUGCAUCGGGCUGAUGGCACGAUUUCUGAGAUACGAAUACCUCCGAAUUCGCAUUACACGAUUCCGGAAGAAGAAGGCUUUUUCCUGGAGAUAGGGGCGAAUGGGAGGUAUUCUAAUGUUGGGAAGAUAGAUACAGUUGAAGGGAACGGCGAUAGGGUCUUUGGAACAAUAUGCAAAGCAGGAUGGAUGGUGAUAGGCGUUGAUACUGUUAUAAGAGGCAACUCAGGGAUGUCUUCUGCCAUGGUAAUUCUCUAUCCUACCUUUGAGGUAGUGAACCGAACAAUAUCUGUGCUUAGCUUGAUGUUCUCUAUUGGGAAGGAUGACGAGUACAUGGGCUCGGGAGAGGUUUUGAGAAGGAAUGUCCCGUUUCUUAUUGGAGAGGAUGGUCGAGAAGAUGUAUAUGACAUUGACUUUUCUGAGCUUCCUUUGGUUUGGGUGCAGAACCUCAAGAACAAGGCCAGGGCUAGGGUGUUUCAUAGAAAGGCAUCGAUUUUGAUUGAGCCGGGAUAUUCUGCAGAAAUAAGGAAGGAGAGGUGUGAGGUGGAUACCUUUUUUGGAAAGUACACUCUUGUGCACAAGAUCAGAAUGAGCAUCUGGCCAUUUCUGGUGGUUGUGAAUCACCUUGGGAGUGAUGUCUAUAUCAACGGGACUAAAUUUUGUCCUGGAACCUCAUGUAGUGAUGAGAUAAAGACCAUCCAUAGACUAUGUGCUGAUGAGUAUAGGACCGAUGAGGCGAUAACUGUCGAGAGGAAAUCUGCCAGGGUUGUUGCCCUGAAAGGAGAGGGCAGUGGAAGUCAAAAAUCUCGGAAUGCUCACGAAGGACUAGUGUGGACCUGCGAGGCCAUAUUUGGAGGGCUUGGGCCUAGAAUAGGAGCACGUCCCAGGGCCAUCUACUUUCUUCUCUGGUCUAAAAAGGAAUCUGGAACAAGAGUAAUUGAGUUCAGACAUGCGUACUUAGUAAGAAACGAAACCCAGAUGAGACUCUUGGCAGUAUCUGAGCAGGUAUGCUAUUAUGUGGAGCCAUGUGGAGAGAUAGCUCUUAACACGUCUACAAACGGGUUCUACAUAUUUGUUGCAGAUUGCAUAGAUAUCAAGUCUCUGAGGUCUUCUGGGGCGUUUAUUCCACUGGACAUCAAGACAAUAAAGUACUUCAGAUUGCAGGGGCCCGAGGGUGUUCUGUUCAGUGUGAACAAGUCUAAGUGCUUUGGACAGAAUGUGUUUAGCAUAAAGAAAGAAAGAAGCUGGCCAUAUACGCUAUACAACGAUACAGAUACAGACUUGGAAUUCACACAAAAGCAUGAUGCUGUCAGGCAUGAAGUGCCAAAGGGCUCUAUGUAUGAGUAUGCAUUGGACAACCUUAUGCUUGACCCUGUAAUUCUGCUAUGCAUUGGAAGUAAGAGAAUUCAGUUGGAUUUGGGCAAGGAUGGUGUUUUGUUCACAUCUGGAGUCACGGUGUCUGUAGCCCAGUCAGAGACUACAAGGGUUAUUCAGGUCUCCAAAAAGGAAAUGGCCAAUAAUGAGACAAGAGACCAUCUGAGGAUAACGACUGACGACCUAGUCGUAUCAUUAGUGAACAAAGAAGGAGACGAGGUUCUCUGUGGGCAUCUAAAGGGAAUAGAGAUUGCGGUGGAGCGUACUUUAAGAGAGAUGGAAAUUCCCGGAGGCAGAGUGAAUAUGAAACAUAUGGAAUGGACUAUUGGGGUGGUUGUUGAGAGCAUGCAGGUAGAUAAUCAGAACGUGUUUUGUGUAUUUCCUAUUGUUCUUCAUCCUCUUGAUAAGAGCCUUAGGAUAGGGUCUAAGAGACGGUGCGGAGAGAAAUUUCUUGUGUUUGAGCUGACGGUUGGAAGCUCAUCUCAUCACACUUCUGUGAAGAAUUUGUAUUGCAGGAUACGGGACUUUGCAUUGAAUGUGGAGGAAAGCCUGGCGAGAAAUAUCAGCAAGAUGCUUUCGCACGAGGGGGACGGCAUUGAAGAACAGCAAAGGAACAUAAGGAUCCAAAACAUGAAGAUGGAAAGAAUAAGAGCAAGAGUCAAUUUCUUCAAGGAUGUGGAGUCUGACUUUGUUUCCAAUGUUGUGGGGCUUCUCAUAAACAAUGUUAGCGACUUUUCUUUGGAAAUAGAUGGGAUGAGGGAGGAAUGCAUGUACACUACCACAGGGGAGCUUAGAAACAUUCUAUCUAUUUUCUAUACAGCACAGCUGAAAAAGAACCUCUAUAAGGUCAUUACACACCUGGAUAUCAUUGGAAACAUAGGAAGUCUCACUGAAUCUGUAUCUAUGGGGAUCAAGGACCUUCUCACGGAGCCCAGUCUAGAUACCAGCGUAACGCACGGGAUUGUGAAGGGAGGGAAAGGCUUCCUGAGAAAUGCCAUCUACGGUGUUUCUAAUACUGUAGGGAAGUUUUCAAAGAGUAUAGCAGCAAGUGCUAGAUUUGUUGGGUGUGAUGCAAAUCUCAAGCACGUAAAGACGCAUCAUGCCUAUUCGCAUGACAUGUCCCUCCUCAUGCCCAAGACCCGGCACGCCAAGGGUCCUGUCGCAGCGAUACUCAAGGGAACUGGAAACUUCUUUGACUCUGUAACACGUGGAAUGGCAGGAAUUGCAACAUCGCCGAUUGAAGGGGCUUCGCGAGGAGUUACUGGCGUUGUGAAAGGACUGGGCAAGGGGGUCCUUAGUGCCUUUACUAGGCCUAUUGCGGAGGUUGCAGAUAUUAUAACCGACAUUUCUGAUGUUGUAAAAGUGUCGAUGAAUGGCAAAAUCAGAAGAAUCCAAUACCCAAGGCCUACCGGGUUUUCAGGCCACUAUGAUGAAGGCCUAAGCCAGGGGUUUUACAUAUUCACAGUGGUUGUCAAGAAGGCCAAUGAAAAGGAAAAGUUUAUUGACGGAACAUUUGGAAACUUCAAUGGAAGAUGCCAGCUUAUCUUGACCACUGAAAGGCUUUUGGUAUCUGAUUCGCUCAGUAUGCUUAUUGUGCAUCUCGAAGGUGUGAUUGCUGAAGAAAACACCCGUAGGCUAAGAAUAGGGGAAUUCAGUAUACCUGUCGAAAGGCCAUCCUUUCUAACCUCGGUAAAGUCUGUGAGAAGUAACAUUGGGAGCUAA